AUGAACGGCGACAACUACGCCUCGAGAGACUCGGGCCGCUCGAGAGAGCAUCAUGGUUCAAGGUACGACCGAGACGACCGAAGAGACCGUGAUCGCGACAGGAACCGAGACAGAGGCGAUCGAAGACGUUCGAGAUCUCCGCAUCAUCGAUCUUCGCGACGCGAUUAUGAAGAUUCAUAUUCCUCCAGUCGAGACUAUCGUGCAAGGGAACGAGAAGACAGAUAUGGAUCUCGACGUGAUGAUCGCGAAUGGGAGCGAGAUCGGGGCCCGAGACGACGAGACGAUGACCGGCGACGAGACCGAGAUCUCUUUGACGACCGUCGCGGCGGUGGCGGAGGAGGGGGAGGAGGGGGGCGAGACCGUGAUCGUGGCGGACGCGAAGAUCGUGACGAAUUUGCUGCGCAAGCACGAGGCCGCAAGAACAGCCCUCCCCCUAAGAAGAGAGAGCCUACGCCAGACCUAACAGAUGUGGUUCCCAUCUUGGAGCGCAAGAGAAGAAUGACACAAUGGGAUAUCAAGCCGCCUGGUUAUGAAAAUGUCACAGCCGAACAAGCAAAGAUGUCUGGCAUGUUCCCUCUGCCUGGCGCCCCCCGUCAGCAACAGAUGGACCCCAGCAGACUGCAAGACUUCAUGAAGCAGCCUGCGGGCGCCGCUACGAAUACAGCAUUGAAGCCGUCGAAUGCGCGUCAAUCAAGGAGGCUGUUUGUUUCGAAUCUGCCUGCGACUGCAACAGAGGACAGCCUUCUGCAAUUCUUCAAUCUGCAGCUGAACAGCCUGAACGUUACCAAGAACAGCGAUCCGUGCGUUCAAGCCAACAUUGCCGAAGACCGGAGUUUUGCCCUCGUCGAGUUCAAGUCUCCGUCUGACGCAACUGUGGCCCUGGCUAUGGACGGGAUCACCAUGGAGGAACAUCAUACUGAGAUGAAUGGUAAUGGAAACGGCAAUCCGAAGGGUUUAGAGAUCCGACGGCCGAAGGACUACAUUGUUCCGUCUGCAGACGAAGAUGCGUACACCGAGGGCGAGGUCUCAUCUGAAGUGCCAGACACAUCGAACAAACUCGCCAUCACCAAUCUCCCGCCAUUCCUGACCGACGACCAAGUGCUAGAACUAUUAAAGGCCUUUGGUGAUCUGAAAGCUUUUGUGCUUGUCAGAGAUGUUGAUGCUCCCGAGUCAAGGGGGAUUGCAUUCUGCGAGUAUUCUGACCCAGCAGUUACUAGCGUGGCUUUGGAAGGCCUGAAUGGUAUGGACCUUGCAGGCAAUGCCAUCAAAGUCACCCGAGCCAGUAUUGGAUAUACUCAGGCUGCUGGGCUGGACAUGGGCGUGAACGCAAUGUCAAUGUUUGCUGGCACCACUUCAGAUGGUUUCGAGGAUGGUCGCGUGCUCCAGCUGCUCAACAUGGUCACCGCAGAGGAGCUCAUCGACAACGAGGACUAUGAAGAAAUAUGCGAAGAUGUUAUGGAAGAGUGCUCCAAGUACGGCACUAUCCUUGCCAUGAAGAUCCCCCGUCCCUCCGGGGGCAGCAGACAGUCUGCUGGGGUGGGCAAGAUCUUCAUCAAGUACGAAGACCCUCAGUCAGCGAAGAAAGCACUGCAAGCUUUGGCGGGCAGGAAAUUCGCCGAUCGGACUGUUGUUACAACUUACUUCGACGAGGCAAGUUUCGACGUGAAUGCCUGGUAA